GUAUCCACAGGAGAGAUCAGAGGAGUGGAGGGCACAUCCUUUGACCUCAGAAAGCCUGUUCUGAUUGGCCCUUGCCUGAAGGAAGUUCCAGGUCCGGGGUUUGACCACAACUUCUGUCUGUCAUCACCCAGAGACCCCUGCACUGAGAAACAUGCUGCCAGAGUGUGUCACCUGGCCAGUGGGCGUGUCCUGGAGGUUUCUACCACCCAACCAGGAGUCCAGUUCUACACUGCCAACUUCCUGGAUGGUUCUAUGACAGGAAAGGGUGGGGUUAGGUAUGGGAAGCACAGUGCUUUCUGUCUGGAGACACAGAAUUGGCCUGAUGCUGUCAACCAGGCUUCAUUUCCUGACUGUCUCCUGCGUCCUGGUGAGGACUACCAACAUAUCACUCGCUUCACCUUCACUUCAGUCUGAUCUGACCUGACCUCUAGCAACAGUGGGACAGAAAAGAAGAAAACUGGAUAUUUUGAAGUAGAUAAUUAAGUGUAUUAAUUAACUAUGCAAAUUAUUUUUCUCAAUUUACAGUAUAAUCAUGCACCAUACAGCUCAAUAGCCAGUGCCUUUUUCUGUGCACAUGUAGUUCCCACUUGUGCAACUGUGUGAUUUGAUGAGAUGUUUUUUAAUGAACUUUACCAUGCCAGUCUAUAGUCAUGUCAGGUAUGUUACAGCGACAUGAUGCUCAUAGUGUAACCUGACCAAACUUUGUUAGAUAUAUGUGAUUUGUGAUGUGACGAACCUGUGCCAUUCGUACAUUAAACUAAUAAUAAGUGUCAAAGAGCUUGCUCACUCAAGCUGGUUAUUGUUGUUUGUUACAAUGUGUCAGAUUGUCCCUGAUGGUCCCUGUCCACUGAAUGAUUGUAGUCCAUCAAGAAUUAGAGAGCAGUUCUAUUCAUGUUAUGUAACAUUGCACUGUGUGUGAGUCUUCACCUGUGUGUGAUUAACAUCUUUAUACAAACUGAACUAUUCCUAGAGCAUGAGCUGAGGAGGCGGUUUUGGGUGAGAGGGCACUCCGUUCCCCUGCCAGGAGACAUGAUGUGUCGCUAUGGCAACCUCUCAUCCAUCACUCGCAAAGACUUUUAACAGCUGGGAUUUCAUAAAAUGUGAUAUAAGUUGAUGUAAGUUGAGUUGCAGAAAAGAACAGGAAACUGGUCUCCAACAGAGGCUGCGUGGCUUUGUCAUUAUUCAUAUUUUACUGUAGGAGUGUGAGACAGCUUUCACAGUCAACACCAUGAAACUGCAGUUGAAUUUCAUGCAGGGAGGAGUGAGAGAGCUCUGAUUCACUGUGGUAACAGUUUCACAGACACAGGGAGGACCACUCACAUCACCAACCUCUCAGUGUAGUUGGUUUAUUUCCUUCUAUAAACUGUCUCUUGUGGUGCCUGAGCCUUUCUGUUUUGUUAAUAAUUAAGGACUGUGAUGUUGCCAGAGCCAUGGCAGUUUCUUAAUCCCUAAAAUUACUUCUACCACAUUUGUCUGAAAGGACAGGAUAUAAAACAAGAGCCAGGCACCUGUAUGAACAUAGGACUUUAUUUUAUUUGCUUUAAUUACUCCUCCUGUUCAUACAUUAAAAGAUCCUCUCUCAAUGGGCUUUCAUUUUCAUUUCACAUUAAUGUGACCCAAAAUCCACUGUUCUUGUAUCAUGCAAAUAUUUAUUUUUCAACAUUUAUGUGAAGCUAAUAUAGGUAUAGGUAAGCUAAUAGGCAUACAAUUCUCUUUGAGUGUACAUGGACAAGGCUUUCCCGCUGGGCUACAGUGCAGGGACAGUAAGUAAAAGAGUUCAGAUUUAAUCAAUUUCAUAUAAAGUUGGCUGGGUAAGUGACUUACUCAAUACAUUGUACCUGAAGGGUGGAUGACCGGGGAUAUUUUUAAAUAUUUAUAUAUUUGGAAAAAACAUUUCAUUAAAUUAUUGAGGACUGUUUAACUUACCUGAAGAGAGGAACUAGUAAUUUUCCAAGGCUAGGUUGUUAAAAGGAUACUGCACAUAUUUUUUCUAAUCAACUUCUUUGCUCCUUCAUAAUUUUCAUUGCCUGCUACAGGAGCAGUUAGUGCAGGGGUGUCAAACUCAAAUACACAGUGGGCCGAAAUUAAAAAAAUGCUACAAGUCAAGGGCCAGACGGGUUCAAUGUUUAUUGAAAACUUAUUGAACAUUACUGCUGGCAACUGAGGCGAGUGGAUACAAAGGAACACCAGAUGAACAAUGUUUAUGUGUUUUUUGUGAUUUUGGGGUUGUUGAAGAUGAAUUUCAUUUUGUAUUUUAUUGCCCUCUGUACUCUGAUUUAAGAAAAUGUUUGUUUGUUAAGGUUCAAGUGAAUAACCCUGACUUGUUUUGGUUGUCUGAUGCAGUUAUGUUGACUGGCUUUUUAAGGUGGAAACUUUUGCUUUGGCAACAUUCAUAGAAGAUGCUUGUCAGCUGAGACAAAAGACUCUGUAUCCAGGUUGAAUUUAUGGAAAUGUCUCUUUUUAUUUGUCAUGUAGCCAUCAUGGUGUUUGCUUCAUAGGAGAGUCACAAGAGUUAGAUUUGAAGAAAUCCUGACUGGAUACUACAGUUCCCAUAAUGCAACCAAUCGCAUUUUCUCAUUUGGCUGUCCCUGCCUGUUAGAUAUCUUUCAAACUCCACACUUCCAAUUUGUGGACUUUCUUGUAAUAAGUUUGCCAACCACAAGGCUAAGGUGACAUUACUAUGACAUCAUCAGGGUUAUAUCUUUUAGACAUACUGUGGCUAAUAGGUGGUGUAGUAGGUGGCACUAUGACUAUGACUGAAUGUUGGCUUGUAGAUGUCCUCAAGCAGCCUCUCUUAUGAAGUGUGAAGUUUGGGUCAGAUUGGACAUUGUCCAUUUGAGUUACAACAAUUUCCUGUUCAAUGGUGAAACAUCAAACUACAUCAAAAUACAAAAUGUGAAGUUUGGGUCAGAUUGGACAAUGUAUUUGUUAGUUACUUGCUGAUUGUCUACUACAGUUCCAAGAGGCUUUUCUCAAGCCUUGGUAUGAUACGUCUGCCUACCAAACUUGGUGCAUCUAAUUAAAUUCAAAUAUAAAAGUUCA